UAUCAGAGCGAAGGUCAGGAGAUGAAGGAAGUGAUGGUGGACGCCUCGCUGACGGAGUACAACCUGACCAGACUUCACCCCGGAUCCAAGUACGCGGUGCAGCUCCAGGCCGAGGGAGGAGGCCGAUACUCUGCUGCCAUCUCCACUGACUUCACCACCGGCACCCUGAGGUUCCCCUUCCCCACAGAUUGCUCCCAGGAGCUGCUGAACGGCAUCAGGACGUCCGGCGAGGCGGAGGUCUUCCCUCAGGGGAAACUCGGGACGCCGAUGAUGGUUUCCUGCGACAUGGAGACCGACGGCGGCGGCUGGACGGUCUUCCAGAGGAGGAAGGACGGCUCCGUGGAUUUCUUCCGAGGCUGGAAGGACUACACUAAAGGAUUUGGGAGUCUGAGUGGAGAGUUUUGGCUCGGCCUGGAGAGCCUCUACAACCUGACAGCGAUGACCCGGAUGAGUCUGCGUGUCGACCUGCGGGACAAAGACGAGGCGGUGUUCGCCAAAUACUCGACGUUUGAGCUGGUGAAGAGGCACUACAAGCUGAUCGUGAGCGGAUACAGCGGCACCGCAGGUGACUCUCUCAGCUACCACAGCCAGCGGGUCUUCUCCACCAAAGACCGCGACCUGUCCCCCUUCAUCACCCGCUGUGCCAUGUCGUACCGCGGAGGCUGGUGGUACAAGAACUGCCACGAGGCGAACCUCAACGGCGUCUACGGCACCGACGUCCGUCACCAGGGUGUGAUCUGGACCGCCUGGAAAGGAAAACAGUUUUCCGUCCCGUUCACUGAGAUGAAGAUGAGACCAGCAGCCUUCAGUCCUCCAACCAGAGGAUGAGGACGAUGAACUGAACUAAAGACAUGACGCAUGAUGGACAGCAGUGUGUACACACUGGUGCAAACACACUCACACAAACACACACAGAGGAUGACGUAUUUUUUAAUUUGUAUAGAGGUCAGUUAUCUGUAUGUUAUUGUACAGUUUGUAUCUUCUUUUUAAAGCAGGGCUGCUCCCACCGUCUCUAUAUUUAAAGGGCCAGUUCACCCAAAUUACAAAACACACACACACACACACACACACGCACACACACACACCACUCUCCAAAAGUUGCCACCAAAGCUUGACUGUGUGCUUUUAGCUUGCAGAAAGUUCACUUUUCUAAUAUAUAAUAUUUUGUUUUGUACGUGGACAGCAACAGUUGAGUACGAAUUGAAGAAAUCACCAGUUAUCGGCAAAAGAAAGCGGAAGCUUAGCAUCAAAAUGUCUGCAGAUUUAAACAUGAACAGCUUCCUGUUUCAGUGGCAACGUGUUUCACAAUAAAAGCAGCCUAGAACAAGCAGGAAUUAAGGGGCAACGUGCUGCUUUAGCAAAGCUCUUCUUCAAAUGUUCCAAUAGAAAUAGAAGGUUUAGAAUCGCUGUUUGAAUAUCAGCUGAACAAAUCACUUUAAAGAGAGACUAACUCAAUAUUUACAUCCACUAAAUGGUUUGAAUCACUUCUUCUUUUGGGGCCAAAACUAUUUCAAAUGUACAUAAUACGUUUAGUGUCUGAAUAAUACUCGUAUGUUAGAAUAGUUACUGUAGAAGAGAUGUCACUAUAACAGCUGAUUCCACACGGUUGAACGGUUUUGUGUUUUCUACCCGUCAACCAACACCAACACACGUCUCAAUCUUCUUCCUCUUUUUAAUAAUGCAGGCUCACUUUUAAAAGUGUAAAUGUAGCCGACGUUUGCAGCACUUUAACUAUUUUCAGGUUUGAUGGACCAAAACUUUCUUUAAUGUAAAUAAAUACCAGCCAGCUGCCAAAGAGUUAAACAUGCAGUAAAAUACAGAAUCGUGAUAUCAUUUGUUGCUGGUCUAAAUGAAAUGAAUGAUUGUUUUGAGCUGGAAUUUCUGCAAAAAAUUAUAUUUCUGAUCAAGUCCAUGUGUUUUAAAGCUCAACAGCGCCACCUGCUGUAAGGUAUUUCAGCUACACCUUCUUAUAUAUAUUGUCUGUGGGUUCAACCUUGGAAACAAGCAGGUGAGUGAUGGAGAGUUUAGUUUGUCCUUCUGUGUUUUCUCUGCAAAUCUCUCCGUGUUUUAGUGUUAUUUUUAAUAAAAUGU